AUGUCUGGUAAAAUAAAGAGCCGAAGCGCCGCAAAUGCCGACUCGUUGUCUGGCGGUGUCUCAUGCGACGAGCGCAUCUUGCGGGACUGCCAUCAAAUUUACAUCGAUAGCGAUAGUGGAUUGAUUUCUCUGGCUCAAAGUGUUGGGGUAACUCUACUGCCACCAAGGAAGAAAAUCACUGUCAUGCUCAUGGGAAAUCACUCUGCUGGCAAGAGCUCCUUCAUCAACUGGUAUGUGGAGGAGCACAUACAGCGAACAGGUGUGGCCAUUGAGACGCAGGGUUUCAGUUUCGUCACCAGUGGGCGCAAGAGAGAGUCUCUCACGGGGAAUGCAACUCUGCACCUCUACCCUCAUUUCAGGCCUCUUCAGGAAUUCAAGGGAGUGUCGGAGUAUCUGGGCACUGAGAUCUGCACCUCCCGGCAGAAGCGCUUCAGUCUGGUGACUUUUGUGGACACGCCAGGGCUGGUGGACGGUGACAUGAAGUACCCCUUCGAUGUGGAUCAGGCCAUACUGUGGCUCGGUAAACUGUGCGACCUGGUUCUGGUCUUCUUCGACCCCAUGGGCCAGGCGCUGUGCAAACGCACCCUGAACAUCGUGGAGAUGCUGAACGAGUGCCAGGGCGAGAAACUGCGCUUCUACCUGAGCAAGGCGGAUGAGGCGGGCAGCGAGUCGGACAGACAGAGGGUGAUGAUGCAGAUAGUCCAGGAGCUGUGCAAGAGGCCGGGACUGAACAAAUGCGGGUUCGACAUGCCGACCAUCUACAUCCCAAACCCCAACAAGCCAAGCCGUUGUGUGAAUCAGGUUGAGGAGGUGUGCAGGACCAUAGAGAAGACCAUCAACCAGACCGUACAGAACACCCUCAACUCUCUGGAGAAGGACUGCGAGCUCAUCAGCGAAGCCAUCGCUGAUAAACUCAGCACUGACAGGCAGAGCGGCAUGGAUAACCGGCGCGCUCGCUGCAAAGGCUGCGUUCUGGGCCUCCUGGGCUUCUGCGUCCCGCUGCUGAUGCUGGCGUUCCUGGUGCUGGGGAGCCUCUCCAAGGAGGUGCUGGACAUGACCCUGGGGCCGAACGGCACGGAAGCCCUGUCCCUCUACCUGUCUCCCGUGGUGAAGGCAUUUGAGUCCGUCCCCGUUCAGCACCAGCUGUACUGCUCCGGGGGGCUCGUCCUGCUCUCCUUCAUCCUCCUCCUCCUCGCCCGGCUGUUCUUUCGCACGAGGCCUACUCUCUCCGGCCGACAGAAGAGGCAGCUCCAGGAGAAGCUGGAGUACGUUCAAGAGGUGGUGAAAAAUAAGAAGAAGAAUCUGUAUGAAGAAUACCUCCGUCAGAGCGUGGCCGAUCACGACAUGGACUGAAGGAAAUGAAGGACCCGGGGUGGUGGAGGGAAAUAGCACAGCACUAGAGGAACCACUAACCUGCACAAAUUCCUGCUCUCAGAGAGGACCAUGGGACUUGUAGUCCAGCGUGUCUCACGGACGCGUCCCUGCCGAUGCCUUACCCCAUCACACUGGUCAAGGUGACGCAGCUUCAGAAGGUCAUAGGGUCAAAAUAUAGUUUACUUCAGAAAGGCACAUUUCUUACUUGUACUGUGACUGUGUCCUUGUAAGCCUGAGAAUACAUGGAGCACAGCGUCGUUGUGAAGUUGUAGUCCUUUCCAGUGAGGCCUUUUGGUCUUAAAAACACCUUUUCUAUAUCACUCCUCUCGAUUCCCUCAUUAAAACUCCCAGUUACUAUGGAGACCUGCACUUAUUUUUUACUGAAAACCACUGUACCAUGUGUCCUGUUCAUGUAGACAGAAGUAUUUUAAACGCAAUAGCACAAUGUUUACUGGCACGAAGGAAUGAACUAAAUCAUGAAAUUGGUCUUUUUUGACAGGUUGUGAUAUGUGAUACAUGUGGCUGUACUUGUAUUUCUUACCUGAACUUGACUUUGUUCCUAAAAGUAUAAUGGCAAUAAAAGUUAUUAAAUGGCUGGAA